GUUUUAAAGCUGAAUAUAUCGGUGAAUGCUUAUAUAAAAUUUGUGAUGAUAAUGUUAGACCAAGACAUUUCCUUGGUGCAGAUAAUAUGGAUGAAAUAAAAGCAAUACUUUCAGAUCGUGAAGGUCGUUCCUUACAUGAAUAUAUUAAUGGUGAUGAGCCACUCCAUCCUAUCAUAGAUUUUGAUUUGCCAAUAGAAACGCUAAAUGCUAUUUCAUCUAAGCUAUCAGACAAACAGGCUAAAAACACAUUUUGCAAUGUUUAUAGAGAU